AGGAGCGCCGAGUGGGGAGUUUAGGAGUUUGGUAACCUGCGGCAGGCUUUCCUACGAGGAAAAGGUGCCUCAAAUUCAACAGGGACUCAAAAUAAAAUUACACCAGAUCCAGAAUCUAGGACCCAGGGUGCUACCCUCUGCGAGUGUGUAGUCACAUCUGCGCGAGGUCUUAGGACGUGUGGAAGCCGAGUUCUGAUUGGACGGUGCCGUAAUGGGCUGGGGACUGCUAUUCGAAUGUUACUCCGUUCCCGUCUGCCUAGCAGCAUGAGGCAUCGCACCCUAACCUCCAGCCCGGCCCUCUGGGCCUCUAUCCCGUGUCCACGCUCUGAGCUGCGUCUGGACCUGGUUUUAGCUUCUGGACAGUCCUUCCGGUGGAAGGAGCAAAGCCCGGCUCACUGGAGUGGCGUGCUGGCAGAUCAAGUAUGGACACUGACUCAGACCGAGGAUCAGCUGUAUUGCACCGUGUACCGGGGAGACAACGGCCAGGUCAGCAGGCCCACCCUAGAGGAGCUGGAAGCCCUACACAAGUACUUUCAGCUAGAUGUCAGCCUGGCUCAGCUAUAUAGUCAUUGGGCUUCUGUAGACUCCCACUUCCAAAGAGUGGCCCAGGAAUUCCAAGGUGUGAGACUACUGAGACAAGACCCCACUGAAUGCCUUUUCUCUUUCAUCUGUUCCUCCAACAACAACAUUGCUCGCAUCACUGGCAUGGUGGAACGGCUAUGCCAGGCCUUUGGACCUCGGCUCAUUCAGCUUGAUGAUGUCACUUAUCAUGGCUUCCCAGACCUUCAUGCCCUGGCUGGUCCAGAAGUAGAGACUCACCUCAGAAAGUUGGGCCUGGGGUACCGUGCCCGCUAUGUAUGUGCCAGCGCCAAAGCCAUCCUCGAAGAGCAAGGUGGACCGGCUUGGUUGCAGCAGCUUCGAGUGGCCCCUUAUGAAGAGGCUCAUAAGGCCCUCUGCACCCUGCCUGGGGUGGGCACCAAGGUGGCUGACUGCAUCUGCUUAAUGGCUCUUGACAAACCCCAGGCUGUGCCUGUGGAUGUCCACGUGUGGCAGAUUGCCCAUCGUGACUACAGCUGGCAUCCUAAGACAUCACAGGCUAAGGGCCCGAGCCCUCUGGCCAACAAGGAACUGGGUGAGGAGAAUGUGAUGCUGGGGCAUUGGGCUGAGGGGACUUUUUCCGGAAUCUGUGGGGACCUUAUGCUGGCUGGGCCCAAGCAGUGCUGUUCAGUGCUGACCUUCAACCAAAGCUGCCUCGGGAGCCACCAGCAAAGCGGAAAAAGGGAUCUAAGAGGCCAGAGGGCUAGGUUCACUGAGGACUGAGGUGUUCGUGCUGAAUGACAGUAAUGAGGAGAGGAAAGCUCACGUCCUGUGAGAGGAGACAAGGAAAAGAAGAGCCUUCCCAAAUCAAAUGCUGACCUCCUCCUCCUUUUAGAUCCCCCUCCUCCUUAUCCUCCAACUCUUUACCCCAUGGUGGCCCUAGUUCACCUCCGGGGGCCCAGGGGGCUAUGGCACCGGCUGGGCCCUUGGCACCCCUGGCAGAAGGGGGCCAGGAAGGUCUGGCUGCCAGGAUGUGGAAUAGGGGGACCCCGAGACCACUGUCUUGCCUCUGUGGGCCUAUGGACCCCAAGAUGCUCAGGACCGCCAAGCUCUCCAAUACUGGCCCUUUUCGUCAGCAGACCUUUAUAACUGGAAGAUAUAUAACCCUUCUUUUUCUGAAAAUCCCCAGGCUCUGACAGACCUGAUUGAUUCUCUCCUCUUUUCAUAUCAGCCCACUUGGGAUGAUUGUCAGCAGCUCUUACAGACACUUCUCACUACUGAAGAAAGACAGCGUGUCCUACUGGAGGCCAGGAAGAACAUCCCUGGAAGAGAUGGGAGGCCCACCCUCCUAUAGAAUGAAAUAGAUGCAGGGUUCCCGCUGACCAGACCAGACUGGGACUUCAACACGCCUGAAGGUAGCACUUGAAGGUCUACUGCCAGGCUCUAAUGGCAGGUCUCCAAGGGGCUGCACGGUGCCCUACUAAUUUGGCAAAGGUAAAAGAGAUGGUCCAGGGGCCUAUCGAGCCUCCUUCAGCCUUUAUAGAACAGCUGGUGGAAGCUUCCCGCUGGUUCACACCCUAUGACUCUACGUCUGAUGAGCAUAAAGCAACAGUGACAGUAGCCUUUAUUGAUCAAUCUGCCAGUGAUAUUAAGAAAAAGCUAUCGAACAGUGGUGGCGCA